CUCACGCUGCCGCACACGAUAUCUUAUUUUGCUGCCGCACACGAUAACUUAGUUUGGUUGCUUUGUGUUGCCAACAAGCACUGAAGAUGGCGGCGGAAAUCGUUGGGGGCACCAGUAGGCCAAGAACGAGAUCUGCCGCGGUUUCCAUCAAGCGGAUAGUCGCCUCUACCAGCUCUCAGGAAGUCGCCUCUACCAGCUCUCGCAAGAAAGCAAAGACUGCAUGGACUGAUCAACUCCAGCGAUUCGAAGACAUGACGCCAGAGCAACGGGCAGAAGCGCUUGGCAGCGAUAAAGGUUUUUGUGUUGCAGAAGACAUCUCGCUAGAGGACUUCCAUAAGAAGUGUGAUGAGAUCGAGAAAGGCGAAUCUGAGCAGGCUGGGAUUCGUUGGUGCUUUCGGAUGGAGUUCCGAAAGGGAAAGGCCUGGAUUUACGAGCUCCCUCAUGCAGCGCAUGACAGAGCUGCAGCGGAAGUGAUUAAGCGAAUAACCAUGGGGAUGGGUGCACAUGCAGAUGACGUUAUCAUGGCCAGCUCUCCCCGGUGCGAUGACAACAACGGCGUUAACUCAUUUGGACCAGAUGGUUCUGUUAGCGAAAAAUUUCAACGCCCAGGUCCGGGACAACCUGGUGCUGCAGAUGCCACGGGAAACCGUUUUCCCAACUUCAUUGUGGAAGUUGCUUACGAUGAAUCUGCACCUCAUGCCCGCAGAAAGGCUAUUGCUUGGUUAAAUGCAAGCAACAAUCCAAACUUUGCCGUCCAACAAGUGAUUGUAAUCAAGAUUGGACCCCCUCGUGUCACUCGUGGAAACUCCCGUCGAAUGGAGGCAUGGCGCUAUGAGCAAGCGGCCCCCCCUGCAGUGAAUGAUUACAACAAUUUUGCUCAGCAUUUUGACUUUGGAGUGCCCAUGAAUGGACCUGGACUCGGGGUCACAGCUGCCAAUCAGAUGGUUAUUCAAAUUCCAACUGCAAGCUUCUAUCAACCAGCCAAUGUUCCUGGUGGCAUGCAAGCAUCCAUUGAUGUGGAUUUGUUUUCCAUUCGAGAUGUAAUCGAACGGAGUACGUGACCAGCAUGGAGCGGACUACUAUCCAUGCAAGGACUAUCCAUGUGCCUCGGUGCAUCUUUUAAUGUUCUGUGAAGAAGUGGGGCCCUCCAUGAAAUUUUUUUAAGCUAGUACUAUAAAGGUUGAGCCCCCGCAGGGGGCUCUGAACCAUAAAGAUUGGGCCCCUUGGGGCCCAACCACCAAGCUAGCUAGCUUAGUAAUGGGAGAGGAACGCA